AAGCGGGAAACCAAAACUUUUUGAACAACCUAAUCUCUUCUCACACACACACACACACACACAGUUCCCAACUUCUCAUCUCUUUCUUUUCGUCUUUCUUCAUCUGGAUUUGACUUUCUUGAGUCAACGAACUACAUUCGAUCUAGGGUUUUCUUCAAUUUCAAAAUUUCAAGAAUUAGGGUUUUCUUCAAUUUUUAAAAUUUCGUAAUGGACAGUCAUAUCACGACCAAAUGACCACCAACGAUAAAGAAGCCACCACUUCCGACGCCGGCGGCGGCAAGUUCCACACCGUACAGGCCCACCGUGAUCUGCAAUCGAAUUGGGAAGUGGAUCUUGCCAAUAAUCUUCAAGAAUAUUUGCUCAAGAUUUGUUCCGGUGAGAUUACCGGUGGUCAAGAUGAUGGUCAACUGUCGGUAAAUUUUGCUGAAGCUGCUUUGCUGCUUCAAGGGUCAGUUCAAGUGUAUAGUAAGAAGGUUGAGUAUUUGUAUUCUUUGGUGUUACAUGCUUUGGAGUUUGUCUCUCAACAACAAAGUCAGCUACAUGAUCAACCAGAGAAUUCAACAGGCCAAGAAGAGGAGCAAAAUGGCUCGGCUAAGGUUACCGCCGACGAAUCAGACGAUUCGUUUUGGUGUUUAGAUGAUAUUCCAGUUGAUCCGAAAAACUCAUUGGAUAAGUCAAAUGACAACAGUACCACCGUAAACGCCUUUGUAAAACCCCCUGCAAAUUUAGUUGUUCUUGAGGGUGAUUGCUUAGACGUUAGCGGAGAAAGCGGGGAGUUAGAGUCUUAUCUGUUAGCAACAAGUGAUCUCUACAGGGAUUUUAUUCUCCUAGACGCAAGUGAUGCAGUGGCAGUUAAUAAAUAUUUGGGCUGCAAUGUUAACGAUACAAUUAGCAAAAGUAAAAGUGGUUUUAAAGGAGGAAGUAAUUCGGUCGGCUCUAAAUCCCGCAAGUCAUUUAUGUCGCCUUCAAAUCGUUCCGGUGGUUCCAGGCAUAAACUAUCUGCUGGAAAGACACAAAACCAUGAUCCAAUUCAAUCUCCGUUUGCUGAUAACCACUUUGAAACUAAUGGCAAUGAUACAAAGUCACAUCCUCCCGGUUGUGAUGUUAACAUGGACCAUGAUUUUGACAUGGAUGAUGGGUUUUCACAGCCUGGCCCAUUUGAUGAUGAUUCCGACGAUGAUGAUGAUGAUCCGUGGAAACCUUUAAAUCCGCAUGAACCGGGAAAAUUGAAAGUCAAACCAUUCAAAAAAGUCAAAGCAUACAGAAAAAAUUGGCCAAAACCGAGCACCAAAGUUUCUAUAACAGAAGAAUUUCCGCUUGCAAAGCUGCACGGUCCUAUAAGUGCAGAUGUCCAUGAAAUAUGGGAGGCGAAUAACCAUAUCAACGAAAAAGAUCAAGAAAUGAAAUCUCCCCCUUUAUAUGAAAAGCUUCGACGAUCGCUUGUUCUAGGAGAUUUAGAAAACAGUGGUGUGUUUAAUGAUUCUAAAGAUGGCGAAGAUGAUGAGUUUGAUAGCGGGGCCCCUGAUUUUAUGGCGGAUGAUUAUGACAUGCCGAACAUGAAUGAAGACCAUUUUGGCCCGGAAAAGCACGUGGAUGAAGCCACUCAGUUUGAGAUGAAGGACCCGAUUGAGCAUGAAGACCCAAAUUCUCAUGUGAAUCUUGAAGAUUUGUGUCGGUCUCAUCUGGAUUCUCUUCUUAUUGCCGAGACCGAGAAGCAGACUGCAUUGGCAGCUAGAGUUUCAACAUGGAAACAGAGAAUUGAGAAAAACAUGGAUGAACAAGAUGCACGACCACCGUUUGACAUUCAUGAAUAUGGUCAACGGGCUCUAGACAAGCUUUCACUCGAAUCAGAUGUCGGAAACUCCUUAGCUUUCACAGAUGUCGUUAGAGGUCAAGAAAAACAUGACGUAGCUCGCACGUUUUCUGCACUUCUACAGCUGGUGAAUAAUGGAAAUGUUGAACUGAUUAAAGGCGGGACCCCUGGUGAACUUGUUUGUUAUACUGCUGAAAACCCGUUUCACGUUCGUCUUCUUAGCAAUAAAAAGAGAGAAGUGCAGAUUAAAUCGGCGAAUAAGAGACCAAAGGCUCAAUUGAAAAGAGAAAAAGAGAACCAUGGGCUAGCCACUGGUUCGCCAUCAUCUUCACAGAUGUCUGUAAAGAUAGGAAAUGUCGUUGGAGUUAGGUGCACCCCGGAAAGUAAGAGGAGACGCAGGUCAAGAAUGGUUGACCCUGAUGGCUUGAAUUCUGCAGGGUGACGUUGCUAUUAGUUGGAACACUUUGUAUUGAUUCUGUUCAACAUUGUGUAUGACAACAGUUAGGCUUGUAACAAGUAUUUUCAAUUUAUUUAGAUUUCUUCUCUAUUGUAAACAUAUUUAGUUGUAACUUAAUAACUUAUUGAAACUUUUAUCCUC